AUCUCUUAGUGAAUUUGUUCCCAAGAUUCAUGCAUUUGUUCAGAAAUAUAUCAAUAACAGCAGUGCAGUUACUCAACCAACCAAUUGGAACAGUAAAGAAUCAUGGAGUGGAACCAUUACAGAUGUGGCAGACAUUGAAGAAAACAUCUGGACUCCCAAAUUGGGAAUUAAAGGAAAAGUAGAUGUCACAGUCAAAACACAUAAACAAAACAUCAAAAAGGUGAUGCCUCUGGAACUGAAGACAGGUAGAGCAUCAUUCUCAGCUGAACAUAGAGGCCAGGUGAUCCUCUACACCAUGAUGAUGUCAGAACUGGGGCAGACCGUGGACUCGGGGCUCCUGCUCUAUCUUAGGGAAGGGGUGAUGAAGGAGGUGAAGGUUGGGGUGGCGGAACGUCGGGAUCUGAUGUUGCUGCGCAAUCAGCUUGUGAGCGAAUUGCGAGCCAGCCAUCGUGUUGUCAUAGCUGACAACAAUCAGGUAGCGCCACCCUCCCUGCCGCACCCCAUUAACCAUCACUCUGCCUGUGCCAAGUGUCCCUACCUCACCCUGUGUUCGUCUGCUCUCAGAGUGAGUGGAUCCGAAGAGUUGUCGGACACAAAUCCGUUGCAAGGCCUCUCCGUAGCGAGCACUGCUCACCUACAGAUGGAGCACAUGCUGUAUGUGUUCCACUGGACAGGCCUACUGAGGUUAGAGCACACAGACAAUCAGCUACGGAGCCCAGCUCUGCACGAUAUCUGGACACUGCCUCCUGCCGAAAG